AUGAAGGUGGUACCGUUCGAUGAGAAGCCGGUCAGCGUAAUCAUUACUCCAGAAUACCUUAGCAAUAUUUCGAAGCCGCCAACCGCGGACACCAAAAAUGAUGCAUCCGCUAUCGGAAACAUUCGAUAUAUAGUUCUCCUUCUAUCAGCAUUAUGCCUCUCAUCAAUUAUGUCGAACGUCAUCUGCUUCAACUUUACUGUUCUGUGUAUGCCUGGCACAAAUGACACUGAAGGACUAUCGGCAAAUAAGACCGAAUAUAUGGGCUACAAUCGUCAUGAGAAAACGCUAUUGUUCAGCGCUGUCGCCGUCGGCGCACUUUUCGGGGUCUUCCCGAUAUCGAUGGGAAUCUCCCGAUAUGGAAGUCGAAUUAUUUUCUUUGCAUGCGGUACGAUCUCGUCGAUUGCCACCGCCGUCAUUCCGAUCAUCGCCCCAAUUGACGUCAACCUAUUUCUGCUGGUCAGGUUCAUACAAGGACUCGUGUUCUCCGUAUGCCUACCAAUCGUCGGCGCCAUCACUUCGGCAUGGGCAUCACUUACCCAACAGGGAUUGUUCAUUGCCGCUUUGACAACAUUCGGCCAACUCUCUUCAGUAUUUUCAAUGCCGGUUGCUGGAGAGCUUUGCACCUCGGAAUUCGGCUGGCAAUCAGUCUACUAUGUUCACGCUCUCGUUUCAUUCCUUCUAUUUCUCGUCUGGUACUUGAUAUUCACCGAUCGUCCCGACAACAAUCGAUUGAUUAAACCCACCGAGAUAAAAUUCAUUACAAACGGCAAACAAUUGAAUGUCAAAGAAUCGUCGGUUCCAUAUUUGGAGAUACUCACAACGCCAUCAAUUUGGGGAAUUUUCGUUGGCGCUUUCGGCGAUCUUGUGGCGGUUCAACUCAUCCAUAUUUUCUCGCCGUUGUACCUUCAUCAAAUCAGCGGCUAUUCGGUGGAAAAGACGGGAUUCGCCGCUGCCGUGCCGGUCCUUUUUCAGUUCAUCAUUAAACUUUCCGCGGGCCAUUCAAGCGACAAAAUUCGGCAUUUCUCGGAGACAUUUAAACUACGAGUCUAUAACACAAUGGCGCUUGGUGUUAGCGCCCUAUUCCUCGUCGCUUUGGCAUUCGCUCCAGAAGGCAAUGGACUGUUGGGACUUAUUCUUCUAACAAUAGCCACCGCAAUGUUCGGCUUCAAUGGAGGCGGUUUCAAUAAGUGUGCUGCUCUCGUUUCACGACAAUAUUCUCAUUUCGUCAUGGCAAAUAUUCAAGUGAUUUUAUGUCUUUCCAUGUUGGCAUGCCCAAUUUUGGUCGGACUAAUACUUGAAGCCGGUACCCUACAAGAAUGGCGCAUAGUUUUUCUGCUCCAUGCCGGCAUUCUGUUCCUCUCCAACGCCUUCUUCUGCUGGUUUGCCACAGCACAACCAGCACCUUGGACAAAUCGCGAGAUAUCCGAAUCUCGCCUAAAAAACACUCCCUUAUACCAAAUGAGACGAGUGUAA